AUGCCGAAGGAGGUAAAGCAGAGGAGCGGCAUUGCCGUUGGCCUUAAUCGUGGCCACAAAGUCACUCCCCGCCAGCCUAAGCCGCGGGUUUCACGCAUGAAAGGUCAUUUGAGCAAGCGAACCAGCUUCGUGAGGGAUAUCGUGAAGGAGGUUGCAGGUCUCGCACCGUACGAGCGCCGCGUCAUCGAACUGCUCCGCAACAGCAAGGACAAGCGCGCAAGGAAGCUGGCGAAGAAGAGGCUCGGCACAUUCGGCCGCGCGAAGAGAAAGGUCGAUGAGAUGACCAAGGUCAUUGCGGAGAGCAGGAGAGCCGGUCACUAG